ACAUGGCGGCGGGAGGAAGCUAACGAAGAGGAAGAGCUGCAUCUAAUACAUAAAACAUUUUACACAUUUUAUCAGAAUAACAGCUACUGUUUUUAGUUCAGGGGUUCAGCAUGGAGCCCGCUCUCUUCGCCGAAGACACGACCGAGAGAAAAGUGGCAAUUGUUGGCUCGGAGUUGGUGGAAAACUACACGGUUUACAUUAUUGAGGUGACUGACGGUCUUCACAGAUGGACCAUCAAACACAGAUACAGCGACUUUCACGAGCUCCACGAGAAGUUAACAGCAGAGAAUAAAGUGGACAGACGUCUACUGCCCCCAAAGAAGAUUUUGGGUAAAAAUUCUAAAAGUUUGGUGGAGCGUCGGCAGAAGGAGCUGGAGCAGUAUCUCCAGACUCUGUUACUACUGUUUCCUCAGGCCACACCUCCUGCACUUUCCUGCUUCCUCCACCUGCAGUUCUAUGAAAUCAAUGGGAUCACAGCUGCACUAGCAGAGGAGCUCUUUAACAAAGGUGAGCAGUUGCUUCAGGCUGGACAGGUGUUCUCACUUCGCCCCCUACAGCUUUACUCCGUCACUCAGCAGUUGCGCCUUGCCAAACCCACCUGCUUCACCGGAGACGCCAAAACAGACCUGGGACACAUCCUGGAUUUCACCUGCCGCCUCAAAUACCUCAAGAUCAGUGGCACCAAGGAGCCUGUGGGCAGCAGCAACAUCCAGGAGAACAGCCUUCCGUUUGACCUGUCUAUCUUCAAAUCUCUGCUUCAGAUCGAGAUCUGUGAGUGCAGUUCGCAGCAGAUCUCUGGUUUGUCAUCUCUGAGAAAAACUUUGGCCACAAUGAGCAUCCACCACUCGACUGACUCCAUGGAUUUGGUGCUGGUGCCAGAGGCCACUGAGUUCCCCCAGUGGGAGCCAGAGGGCGCUGUUUCCGUGUGUCCUGUGACUGCAGUGGUUCCUGUUUGGAGAAGUCUGACCACUUUAGACCUGAGCCACAACAGCAUCAGUGCAGUGGACUCCUCUGUGAAACUGAUUCCCAAAGUGGAGUUUUUGGAUCUGAGCCACAACCAGCUGACAUCAGUUGAAAACCUCCAGCACCUGUACAGCCUGGUUCAUGUGGAUCUGUCCUUUAACUGUCUGAGCUCUCUGGAUGCGGCACACACUCGACUGGGAAACAUCAAAACUCUGGGUCUGUCCGGGAACCAGCUCAGCAGCCUCCAGGGCCUCAGCAAACUCUACUCUUUAGUCAAUCUGGACCUCAGUCACAACCACCUUGCACAGUUGGAGGAGAUCAGGAACAUUGGGUCGCUGCCUUGUCUGGAGAAGCUGAACCUGACAGACAAUCCCAUGUGCAUCAUCCCAGAUUACAGGACCAAAGUGCUGGCUCAAUUUGGGGACAGAGCGGCAGAGGUUUGUUUAGAUGGAACAACUACGACAGAAAAGGAGCUAGACACGGUGGAGGUGCUAAAAGCCAUUCAGAAAGCCAAAGAAAUGAAAGACCGCAAAAGCAACGGCAGUAGCACAGAAAAAAAGCUGCCGGCCCUCCCCAGCCAAGAGGUAACGAGCAGCAGAGAGGAGACAGCGGUGGCUCCCAGUGUUCUGCCCAAAAUGAACGCCACUCUUUCAUCCAACAUCUCCAAAGUCCACACUGCCCCUGCUCCUGCUGCUGUGGACGAGGUUCAAACUCAGGGUGAACACUGCGGAGCUCCCUCUGCUCCUGUCUGCUGCUUCUGCUUGCCCCCCACCCCUCACACAGCGCCCUCCUGUUUCUUCUGCAGUGCAACCUUCUGUCCACUGCUGCCCUCUCAGCUUUUCUCUCUCUGUGCACACAAAGACUUCAUUUCCCAGCUGCAUUUGCAUCUCAGCUCUGCUCUGAAUGAGGACAUCGGAGGGAAGGAGGCAGAGCUACAGAGGGAGGAGGAGGAGCCAAACGUUCAACAUGAAAAAACUGAGCUCAAUAAAUCAAGUCCAGGCUCAAGGGACGGAUAUUUUGAGAUGGGGUUGGACGAUUCAUUGGAGGAGUCGUCUUCCACCUCACUUCCUGUCCCCGCCCCCUCACUUCCUGUGGAGGAGGAGGUCCAACAGGGGGCGCUGCGUGAGCAGGUGGAGGUGCGUAAGGCCGUCUGGUGCAUCUGCCUCGAGUUAAUUAGCGAAGAAGGAGAGAUGCAGCUGAACACGGUCUGUUUGGUGGUGACUGAGCGGAUUCUAGGGCUUUUCUUCCUGUCACAUGACUUCAGUCUCACCAAUCAGGACACAGACCUCAGUGUCCUGCUGCCUCGGCUGAUCUCCUCUCUGCAGAAGCCUCUCCUCCUCCCUCUCUCAGAUCUCCAGCUCAGCUCAGACCAGGACCAGACCUGCCUCCAACUCCGGUCCAAGUCCUCUGACACUCUGUGGGUCCUGUUUUCUGAUCAGAAAGAGCUGCGAUCAAUCAGAGCUGAGCUGACCCAACUCCUAAAUAUGGAACCCGUGAGUCUCAGUGACUCCAUCUCAGGUCUGCCCUCAUCUCUGCUGAACUCUUGGGAGCUGGAGGAGUCACGUUCAGCAGAGGGAGGUUUUACAGCUCUGCUCUUCCUCCUCUCCUCCUCCUCCUCCGAGCUCCACCCUCUUCUAUGUGACCUCUUGAGCCCAGCGCCUCUUCUACCCUUCCGGCUCUUCCUCUCUCACAGACAGCUGUACGUCUGGGUCCCGGACUACAGAGACCGGACUGGACCAGGUCUACAGCAGUCCGGGUCUCGGCUGGUCCGGUUUCCUCUGGGUUCAGUCGUGGUUUACAGGAGCGAUCAGAGCAGCUGCUGUGACAGUCCACAGCACAGACUGAGGUGGAAUAACAGUGUGGAGCUGCUGCUGUGUGGACAGAGGCUGCUGCUGCUCUUCCCUCUUCCCCAGGACUGCGCCUCGUUCCUGGCGAAGCUCAGCCUUAGACGGGCCUCUCUGGAGGGGGUCCGGAUGAUCGCUCUGCCACAGAUCCGGGCUCCCAGAAACCAGCAGGGUGGUCUCCGAUCCAGAGAGCAGUGCUGUUGUUCCUGGACUAGCCAUAGUGACAGUUUGUCACUUUCUGUUUCACUGGAAGAGACCCAGCCCUCCCCCCACCUCGCACCAGGGCUCUCCCCAGGACUGAAGCUCCUCUCUGGGCUCAGCUCUCAACAGCUGCAGCCUCUCUUCCACAAACAUGUUGCUCUGACUGACGGUGAGGAGCUGAGGCAGGUCAUGUGGUUGUCUGUGGUCCUUUACAAAUCUCCUGAGGUUGAACUCAGCUGUUUGCUGCUGCUCUCCUCCAACGCCAUCUACUUCCUGUUAGAAGACUCUGCCUCCUCGCUUGGCCCGCCCUCAGAUCUGGAGGUGCUGGAGUGUUCAGACCCCUCUGUGUGCCUGUGCUGCUGCCUCUCCGUGCCUCUGUCCCACAUUCAGUCUGUAAACGUGGGGUUGUUUGACCAGUACUUCAGGAUCCUAGGGAGCAAUGGGGACCAGGUCGUGUGCUGCUUAAGCCGGGACUCCUAUGGCACAGGGCAGUUUCUUCAAGAGUUGAUGUCGGUCCUGAGUCUCCAGCAGAGGGCGCCACCUCCAGAGCCCUCGGAGCAGGACUUCUACUCCCAGUUCAACUCCUCAGGUAAAAUGCAGAACUACGAGCUGGUCCACAGCCGAGUGAAGUUCAUCUACCCCAGUGAAGAGGAGAUGGGAGAUCUGACUUUUAUCGUGGCCGAGAGGAAGAACAGCUGUGCCUCUUCCUCGCAUAGCUUCAACAUCCUCCUCUACCUCCUUGUGUUUCAGGUGUUACCUCAGAGCUCCACCCCCUCUGGUUCUGGACCUGCCCCCUCAAGCUCCUCUGGUCCAAUCCUGCAGCCUCGGACUCUGAUCCUGACCAGCACAGACGUGUUUCUACUGGACGAGGACUACGUCAGUUACCCUCUGCCUGACUUCGCCAAAGAACCGCCAUCCAGGGAGCGCUACCAUCUUCGCGAGGCCCGUCGUAUCCGCGACCUGGACCGCGUUCUUUUGGGGUACCAGACUUACCCACAAGCUUUGACUCUGGUUUUCGAUGAACUUCCUGGUCCGGACCUGCUUUGCCCCCUCUCAAUGGACCACUUCUCUGCUCAGGCCACGCCCACAGAGCCAGUCACGCCUGCGCUGGGGGGCGGGGCCAGGUGUCCAGGGGGCGGAGCCUACUCUGGCGAGGUGCAGUGGUGCGUUUUUGUCCCUUCUGCAGACAGCAGGGAGAGGCUAAUAUCACUUUUGGCCCGACAGUGGGAGGUGUUAUGCAGUAGGGAGCUUCCUGUUGAAUUGACUGGAUGAAUGGGACUCAAAACGGACAAAAAAAAUAUAUCUGUGGGGGCAGGUGUUGCUCCAGAUGCCCUACCAGAGUUCCUUAAUUAUCUUCAUACUCGGGGCUGAGUUCUUUGAUGCUGUUGUGUAUGAUUACUACACAAGCAGAGCACAAAGGUAAAGUAGACGGACCACGUUUCAAGUCUGGGACAUCUCUGGAAAAACAUGGAAAAGUCGUGGAUAAAAGUGAACAGCUAAUAUAAGACAGCAGAGAGUCAGUCAAGUUUGAGUUUCAUCCAAGUUUCUACAGAUCUACCUUGGAGCAGAUUGGAGCGGCACCGUGAAGAGUGCACAGACCAUCGAACAUACCAAGUUUACGAUUUACAGACUCACAACAAAGAUUUUGUUUAGAAUGUAACAAGCACAAAACAGGACUGUCUGUAUUUCAUAAAGCAAGUCUUUUUAAAGCAGUAUUCACGCAGCUUAUGUCUAAUAUAUUGACUGCAUUUAGGCCUGUCACUGUAAUUACAAUAUCAUUCAGUAUAUAGUUUCGACAAUAUAUUUCGGAGCUGGGUACUUUUCCUUCGUAAUAGUGGGGAAUUUUUUUUUGCCAUUUGUAUGUAAUGCGAGAUUUGAGCUGUAGAGAGUGCUAAUUUGUUUUUGUUUUUUUUAAUGAAGCAGUAAAUUUAAAAAUGCUUUUCUGGGAUGAUCUUGCUUUGGGUUGGUGGCGUAAAGUAGUUUCAGUGUUAUCGUUUAUCACAGUAUUUCUCUUUAGCUAAAUAUUUUGCUUCAAAAUGUGUUAUCGUGACAGGCCAAGCCGCAUUUGCCUCUUCAUCAACAUUUCAGUCUAAAGCAUUGUUUACCUUUAUUUUAGUUCCCCUCAGCUUAUCCAGGAUUUUUUCACCAUUUUGACAGUGAAGCUAUUCUGAAAAUGGAGAAAUAAAGCCACCUUAAGAUUGUUUUAAAUAAGUAGGAAGUACUGCCUCACAGACUGAUGUUAUAUGGAAACAUGAUCAGACCUCGUGACUCUCUGUAGAUUCAUAUGUUGAUUUGGCGCGUUUCUAUUCAUUUACACAUGUUUGAGUAAUCCUCUGUUAUUAGUCUGUUUUCAUCUCUAAAUUUCAAAAUGCUUUGUUCCACCUUGUGAUGUCACGAAGCAGUAGUUUCCAAAUUAACAGCUACAUUUGGCCUUUUGUUCAGCAGAGAUCAGCAAUUCCAGGGCUGAAAUCAUCAAAAUGAUUCUAGUGAAGGUGUGUGGAGUUUCAAAACGCAGUGGCGCACUUACUACAAACGUAUUACCUCGUGACAUCACAAGGUGGAACAAAGUGUUUUCCAUUUGAGAGAGGAAGUCAGCCUAAAUAUGCAGGUUUUGUGUGUUAAACAAGUGUGAAUGAAACAAAACACAACUCUAGGUCUGUUUUUGAUGAGGAAACAACAUAAUAUGGGCCCUUAAUCCAAUGACAGAAGAAGCACCUAGUUAUACAUGUUAAAUUCCACUAUUGAACACCUUUUUCUAAACAUUCAGCCAUGUUUAAACCACUUCUGCCUAAUGUGAACCUUUGCAACCACUAUCAAUGAGACGUUCAGUACAGACACUUUGUAAAAAAUAUGAAAAUGGCAAUACUACAACCAGGAGAAAGUGAACAUUAUUAUUUUAAAACAUCUUUCAAACCAAAAUCUCUCCUUUUUGUAAUUUUUAAACUAAAGCAUUUCUAUUCUGACUUAUGAACUUUUCCUUGAAACUGUUUGUACAUAACACGUAUUAUAUUGUUCAGUUUUGUAUGCAGGAGAUUUACGUCCAAGUCUUUUAUUGUUUUUGUACAGUACAUGAGGAAAUGACUGAAGAUAUUUAUUAUCUGUUUAUUCCAAUAAACAAAUACUAUUGAUAA